AUGGCACUGGGUGCUAUGCGGCGGCGCGUGCUGGCAGGGCUGACGGAGGUGGGGCAGGCGGUGCGCAGUGGGAGGGCCAGGUUUGUGAUGCUGGCGCCUAACGAGGAGGAGGUGCCUGGGAGGGGUGAGGAGAGGGGAACGGUGAUUGUAAAGGGUGAGGGGAGGGUUGGGAAAGGGAGAAUAUGUGUUGUGAGGGAGAGCAGUGCCCAAGUGCGCGGCCUUUAUGCUGCCCUCACAUCCAUCAUAUCAGGAUCCCCAUACAACCACCCUCAUCACAACCACCCACCUCAUCCCACCUCUGUUCCGUUACGUCCACCAGGCGGUGCUGCCCCUCCCAAUCGGAUGCAGCCACACGCAACUUUGAAGGUUCCAAACCUUUUCCACCCACCCCAUCCCACCCUCCACAGGCGGUCUUGA